UGUAGUGCUGGAUAUGCUGGUGCUCGUUGUUUAAAUGGUCAUUGUGUUUGCCCUCCUGGAUCAUCAGCAUUGGAACAAACUUGCAUUCCUGGUAUAAGUUUAAAUUAUUUUUCUUUGAUUUUCUCUAACGUAUAACUCUCCCUUACCAUUUAACUAACAAAUGUAGGCAUACCAAACGCCAAAAUGCCAAACCUCGAAGAGCUGCUAAAAUAUACCAAGCUGGGGAAGUUCGAAAAGUUAAAUUCACAUUUUGCAAUUGCAUGGCCUGGAGAGGCGUGUAACAUUUCUCAUCUAAUUCCUGUAUGUUCUGCUGAUUCUUAUUGUUUUGAGGGUUUUUGUGUUUGCAAUCCACCUUUAAGUUUAUUCCAAAAACAAUGCAUUAAUUUGAAGAAAAAUUUUGAAGAAGAAAAUAAAAAGGAAGAAAGAAUAAAAGUUAAGCGUCGUCGUUUACAUUUGGAAGAAUUUGGAGGAAAUUUUAACAGAAAAAUGUUGAAAAAUGAAGUCUUACGGAAUAAAGUUGAAGAGAAAAAUGGGAAAAAUUUGUCAAAAAAUUCUUCAUUAAAAGGAAAGACAAAAAAUUCUUCAAAAAGAAUAUUUAAGAAGAGCAAAAGGAGAAGAAAAAGAAAAUUAAGAGAAGAAAAGGAGCAACAACAAAAACAAAAUGAAAAGAAGAGAAAAGCAGUGCCUAAAAUUUCACCAACCUUUCGAUUAAUUGGCUCCAAAUGUAAUGAAAAUAUUGACCAUUGCUCUGCUGGUGCUGAUUGUUUAAACUCCAAAUGUGUUUGUCUUGAAGGAUCCUUUCCUGAUACUCAAAAGCGUUAUUGUCGUCAAUACCCUGGAAAAAGUUGUGCAAAAGGUCAAAUGUGUACUGAUAGAUCUGACUGUAUUUUUGGAAAAUGUAAAUGUCGUAGAGGACUUGAACUACAAAUUUUUGGAAAUAUUAGCAAAUGUGGAGAGUCUAAAAAGAACAAUGGAAAAAUGCCUUUAGCUGGCCAUUUGUGUGCUAAUAAUGAAUGUACUCCAGGUGCAAAAUGUCAAAAUGGAAUUUGCACAUGUUUAGAAGGUUAUAAUUUAUUUCAUGGUGAAUGUCUUCCUCCUCGUGCAAGUCUUAGCGGAACCAACACUUUCCAUGAGCAUUCUCUCCUAUUUUUUCCAAAUUUUCCAUUGAUGGAUUCAUCAACAUUUGAAAUUAAAUAUAAAGAAAGGAAGGAUGAUUUAAGUGAAGAAGAUCCAUUACCAACCAAAACAGUUGUAGCGGGAGCGCCAUGUCGACUUUCACUUGAAUGCCCUUACAGAACAGAAUGUUUGCGGGGUGUGUGUCGUUGUAAACAAGGGGAAACGAUAAUUAAUGGAGUUUGUAGAAAAGCAAUACAUGAGGUAAGGGAGAAAGAUUUUUUAAAGUUUUUUCGAAAUUUCGAGUUUCGGCUUUCGAUAGCGAAAGUUUUCAAAGGUCGAAAAUUUUUGCCUUUUUUUGAUUUCGGAUUUUCGAAGUUCAUUUUGUGUUUUGUAUAGCUAUGUAUGAUUGUUUUUAGGUGUUACCUGGUGGCCGGUGUGAUACUCAGAACGGUGUUGAUUGCAUAGGGGAAUCUCACUGUUUUUAUGGCAUUUGUGUUUGUCUUUAUGGACUUGUUAUUACUGGACAAGAAUGUGUUAAUUCCUCAUUAAUGAAAGCUGUACGUCCAGGUGGAAGAUGUAUUUUGGGUCAACGAUGUACUGGAAGGUCUAGAUGUGUUCGUAGCAUUUGUCAAUGUCCUCAGUUUGUUUUUUUUUAAUUUUUGGGGGGUAAAUGCCAAGUUGAUGUACCAAUUAGGGUUCGCUAGGGUUGGGUUUUCAUUUUUUGCUUUCGUAAAGUGCGUUAGGGCCCAUCUAUGUUAUCCGCAAAGCAAUGCAAUAAAAUUGG